UGUCAAACAUGGGAAACGUUGAAUGAAUCACAAAUUCUAAAGCAGACGAGCAUGAUGAUAAGACAAGGGACAAUCAAUCAUUUGCUGCUCUGACCAAUGACUUAAUAGAGAACCUUGGUGUGGACCCGCAACCCUCUUCUCCAAAAUCCCCCAAAAUUAAGCAGACUAAGCAGACAAAGCAGAAAAAGAAGAUGAAGCUAGUUAAAAGUAGCACAGUUAAUUUUAAUCACAUUGAGAAGAAUAAAACUUUAAGAAGAAAGAAAGUUAGUAGUCCGAAGAAGAUGUUUAGUACCCCUUAUGAGAAGAAGGGUGAUAUUACUGAACUACUGGUUGCAGAAUUUGCUCAGAGAAAGAGAGAAUUGCGAGACAAAUUGUCAGCAAAGACAAUAAAACUUCACCGUAAAAAUUGCAGGAAUAUCUCUGAGUGCGAUUUUUCUCAGGGUUAGCAGGAAAUAGCUACCAAUAACUAACUUGUAUUAAGAUAUCAGUUUUAAGGCCAUUUUAGGGAAAAUGCUGACUUUGUCAUAUUUGAAAGAAGCUAGAAGUGUUAUUCCCUCUUAAAGGAAAAAUUCAUCAUGUGAAUUCAUCAGAAUUUUCGGAAAAUAUUUUUUUAUUUAUUUCGCAUAAAUAGGAUAUUAGAACAAUAGUUCCAAGAUGAAUGUGAUAAACAAGAGGUCGUGAGGAAAAUUCUUCCUUCUGAAAUUUUAAUAAUUUAUAAAGUAUGGCCGGUUUUCAAUACUUGAGGGUUUUUACAAACCAAGUAAAUUUUGCUUCCCAUCCUAAUUAAUUGAGUUAAUAAAGUAUUUUUCAUGAGAAGUGAGCAAGUAAGCACUUCUCAUCACCUAUACGAUAUUUAAAGCUAAUUGAACUGUCAGAGUUCCCGUAGGACAUGUACAAAUUUUCAGACUAUCAUGUUGAAAUGUAAGGCUUCCUCAGGUCUCUUCUAUUUCUUCUUGUCAAUAAAGUCUAGCCAUACUGCGCCAUAUUAGAAUCCCUUCAGAUCUUAAGCAAGCCCUGGAAUUCGAGAUUAUGGGAGUAACUAUGAAAAUAAUUUGUGAAUUCUGACCAUUCAAGAACUGAAUCUUCAGUAAUUUUUUAUGAACAUUUGCUUCAUUACAAAUUUAUGGGAAUAAAAAUCUUCCUCACAGUGGGAUUUCCUCAUAUUAUUUUUACAGCUAUAUAGUUACGAGCGUGUAGCCAUUAUUCUAGAAUAGAGGAAGAAACUGAACAUGAGACUUCCUGAAAUCUAAUAUUGUAACUGUAAAAAUCAGCCAGAAUUAUAAGAGAUGUCUCUUACUUAGUUCAUAGAUAGGAUAAAGGACGAUGCAUUAAGCCAAGUUAAUUAGCAACCAUCAGAAAAUAACUUAUGAGCCUCUUUAGGCAUCAUCUUCAGUUCAAAUCUAGUCUUGAUAAACUACAAGAGAGAUGACUAGCCCUGAUUGUUUUUAAGGUAAUUUCAACAUG